AUGAAGGCUUCUACAGUUCUCGGUCUCUUUGUUGCCUAUGCAGCUACUGCUAGUGCGAUUCCAGUCAAACAAAGAAACCAUCAAGUUGAGAUCACCUUCAUUGGCGCUGCCGAUGCCCAAUUCACUCAAAACAUCCCUACUGACGGGUCCGUGGUCUCUAUUGAAAAUCCAUUGAGUGUCUCGCACAUUUCAUCCAACACUGCCGGGGUCCAGUGUACCUUUAAUGGUAUUGAUCAUAGCGUGACAGUUGUCAAUGGAGUCCAAUGGGUCGAUGUUGGCCCCCCGCAGACCCAGGUAACUGGAUCUUGCCAGGUGCAGGGAUCGGGUUCAUCCCCUACGCCCCCUUCCACCCCUUCCACCGAUCCUACCGGAGAUAAUGUGCAUGUCACUUUCAUGGGAGCUGCCGAUGCUCAGUUUACCCAAAGUUUCCCAUCCAACGGUGAAUGGAUUGAAAUUGUGAACCCGCUGAGCAUCUCCCACAUUCAAACCAACACUGAGGGCGUUACUUGCGUUUUCAACGGCAUCGAUCACAGUGUAACUACUGUCGUCGGUACCCAGUUGGUCGAUGUCGGACCCCCGCAAACUCAGGUCUCGGGUUCUUGUGCAUGA